AUGCAUCUCACAAGGGAUGAUGAUAAUGGUCAAGCUGUAGUCCAAUACAUUAAAGUAUUGUUUGUUAAUGAAUUGGUGAAAUUUGGGUACAACGAGUGGUUUCAACUUUUGGAAUUAGUUAAAAAGCAGAAAGGAAAAUAUACUAAGGAAUUAAGGCUUGUACUGGAGAAACUUAUCAAAAAGGUGAAGGGUCUUGACUCAGUGCUAAAAACUCCCACUAAACCUUCCUCAAACUCAGGGUUUGCUUUAGUGCACGGGAAGAGAGCUUCUCUCAAUGUGAAAUUCCUUCUUCCUUAUGGAACUAAAGUGAUUGAUAAUUAUUUACCAAUCAAUAUUAAUCCAAUUCAAAACACGUUGAUUCAUAAACAUGGGCAUGGCAUUUUCUACAUGGAUGAAUCACAAUGUAUAUAUUUCCAACACUCAAAUGAUCUUGCCAAAGUGUCCACUUAG